AACAAAUAAAACCCUCAUAGUUUCUUAACGAAAUCAUUGUUAUUCUGUUUUGCACGCUGGCGGGGCACGCUUUCUUUUUGAGAUAGUUUUCUGGAGAAUGUCUAAUAUAGAAUCAUUAUCAGGCACAAUUUUCAUUCAAAAUUCACUCACAACUUGCGAAAAAAAGUAAGGUUCUAAGAAACAGAAUACAUAUUCGAUUUAAAAAAGUACAUUUUCAUUCAUUAUUUUAAUUUUUGACGCGUGUGAAUAAAAUUUUAAAAAGUCUUCUAGACUAUCAUUUAAAGCAUCACAUACUUCCGGAAUUAUCUUAGCUAUGGAUGCUUUCGAGAUUCUAAAAAAUAUCGACAACAAUCUGAACAAUAUUCCAGAAGAAAGGCAUAUCAAUGUCAUUUAUAUUAUCACUCUUGCAGGUACAGCAUCCUUCAUGAGUGUAUCUUGGCGUUGUAUUUGUGGAGCAAUUAAAUUCAACAGUUUUUCCACUUGUUCAGGUGUUAUUCUCAACACUGCUCUGUAAUCUCUAUAAAAUUGUGUAAUGAUACAUUCAACUGAAAACCUAAGAUGAAAACUACCAAUAAAGAAGUCGAUUUCGGACCAAUCAUUUGACAAAUUCGGACCUGAUUGCUGUUUCUGACUAUUUGAUGGACAUUUGAAAAAUCGCCUGGCAUCCCAGGUAAACCCGUGCCGUAGUAUCUAGUUUCUCGCCAGCAGCUCACACUAUGUGAACGGACAAGGCGAGUCAACCAAUUGUCAAGCGAGUCCACCGGGUCAGUAGCUGCUCAUUGUCAAGUCAGCUACUAGCAACGUAUAAAUGGGCCUUUAAGCCGGGUUCAGACGGUGCGAGUAAGCAUACGAGUCGGUCUAGUCAGUUACUGCAGUGCAGCUACUCACACCGUGUGAACACAUCAUGCCAGUUAGUGUCAUGAGUAAUCCGGCGUGCGAGCUACUUCAAAGUUUUUUGAUUUUACUCGCACUCGCAUCCCUAAAAACGUCAAAAACAGCAUUUAGCGCUCGAAUCGGGGAUGCCAAACGUAAAGAAAUGUCUCCAUUUUGAAGAUAUUUCAAAAUAUUAACAAACUCGAAAAUUCUUGGAAAACAAAUAAAACCCACAUAGUUUCUAAAUAAAAUCGUUGUUAUUUUGUUUUAUACUCUUUCUUUUUGAGAUAGUUUUCUUGAAAACAAAAACAUAAGCCAUCCAUGAGUGAAGACAUCAGAUGAUAAUUCCAUAUGCCGUGCAAGGAUAUUUGAGAAAGAUACCUGGCAUCCCUAAUCAAAGAUAGAAUAUCUAUAUUAAAUGGCGGCAUCCGUGUUUGUGAGGCAAAUUUCUCUAUCAGAUUAGUAUACUUGAAGGCAGUUUUAAACCGUUAAAAUUUGAAUGAAAAUUUCAUACAUACAUUAUUUGACCAUUUAAAGCACGUGACCCUGAUCCUCAAUAAACUAUUUUCCUAUAUAUUUUUUUUAUAUUUCCACCAAAACUUAUCAUUAUAGUAUAAAGUUAUCAUCAGACACAAUUUUCGUUCAAGAUUCACUCACUACUUGCAGAAAAAGUAUUGUUCUAUUAAACAGAAUACAUAUUCGAUUUGAAAAAGUUCAUUUUCAUUCAUAAUUUCAAUUUUUGACGCGUAUUUAUUCCACCUGUAAAUCAACUAUCAUUUUCACUUCACAAAUCGGCACAAGAAGCUGCUGUCAAGGCGAAAUACGAAGAGAUAGUAGUCCGUGUGCAUUCUGUUUGUUUGCAUGUUUUUUCGUGUUAGCAGCAGCAGUUAAAAGCAAAAAAAUGACGCAAAGAUGGAAUUCGGAACAAAAUGAACACUUUGUGGAAUUAUAUAAAGAACAAACCAUUUUGUGGAACUGUAUGGAUCCCAAUUAUAAAAACAGAGAUUUGCGUAAAGCCUCGCUUGAAUACAUUCGUUCAGAAGUGGGGUUAUCGGAUACGAAAGAAGUUACAAAAAAAAUAAAAAAUUUACGUUCUACAUACAACCAGGAGAAAUUAAAAAUUGAGAAAAGCAAACGAAGCGGAUGUGGUACUGAUGAGAUAUAUAAACCUUCCGUCCAAUGGUUCGAUGCCAUGGAUUACAUCAUGAAUAUUAUUCAUCUGAAGGAAAAACAAACAAUAAGUAAUCUAGAACCAUUUCAUGCAUCAACAUCUGGGAGCGAUUUUGCUGAAGAAAUUACAAUAAUCGAUGAGGAGUACCUCGAUGCUACUGAUGAAAACAACGCUGAUGAAAUCCUACCAAAGAAGCCAUCGAACAGAAGAUCGAAGAAGAAAUUGUCAACUGAGCAGUCUACAAUACAAGCGGCCGUGAAUGAACUGAAGGAACUGAAUAAUAAUUUAACAGUGUCUGCCUCGAGUAUGGGAGAACCAGAAGAUGAAUGUGAGGCAAUUGGAAGACAUGUUAUAAUGCAGCUCAGACAAUACCGUAAGAAUGCCCUCUGCGUCAGUAGAAUGCAAUACACAUAUUCUGAUCACGAAUAUACUGAAACAUCACAGGCGACUGUAGGUUUUCCACCAAGAUCACCCUAACGUCCUACAUCUUCACAAUCAAAUCAACAGUCGCAAAUACUAUAACCAAGUCAUGCAAUAUUGUACUAUUUUUAAGGAUCACUUUCCAUACAAUAGAACUUAGAUAAUAAAAAAAGCUACUUACUUUAAUAAAAUCUUUUAGACUGAAAUUUAUAGCGUCACAUACUUCCGGAAUUAUCUUAGCUAUGGAUGCCUUCGAGAUUCUAAAAAAUAUCGACAAUAAUCUGAACGAUAUUCCAGAGGAGAGGUACACCAAAGUAAUUUCUAAUUUCACUCUUGCAGGUAUAGCACCCCUCAUAAGUGUAUCUUGGCGUUGUAUUUUUGGAGCAAUUAAAUCCAAUAGUGUUUCCACUUGUUCUGGUGUUACUCUCAACACUGCUCUGUACUCUCGGGGAUCAUUAUCGUAGAGUUCGUUCAGUAUUGUAUUUGUUGCUCCUUUUUUUUGCAUCCAAUUCCUGGCCCAAAUCCUUUUGCCUUUCUGCUUUUUCCGAAUAGUACCUUCAGCUCGAAGUAAUUCAGCACAAAGUAUUUUUGUAACCGCUUUUGUCACGGUACGAACUACAGUCAGCCGUGUUUUGCUGGACAACAUUGUAUACGGUAUAAACUACGGUUAGCGUGUAUUUCGGGAUCAAAUUGUGUGAUAAUAAAUGCAACUGAAAACCUGAGAUAAAAACUGCCAAUAGAGAUGUCGAUUUCGGAUCAAUUAUCUGUCAAAUUCUGAUCUGAUUCCUGUUUCUCAUUAUUUGAUGUACAUUUGAAAAAUCACCUGGCAUCCCUGGUAAACCCGUGCUGUUGUAUCUAGUUACAUGCCAACAACUCACACUGUGUGAACAGACAAGGCGAGUCAACCGAUUGUCAAGCGAGUCCACCGGGUCA